AUGGGCCGAAACUGGAAACGGAAUCAAAAGAACAAAUACAACCGAGGUGGGAAAAAGCCGAAGCCUGCAGAUCCUUCAAAAUAUGGGGAACAUAAAGACCCGUACAAACUGAUCUCAGGUGGAAACUACAAACUCGAGGCCUAUUAUGCCUAUCAAGAUAUCCACCAACAGGUAUUCGAUAGUCAAAGCAAUGAUUUCUUGGAAUGUCGAAGUGAUGAACAAAAGGAAGAGGAGAGAGUCAAAUGGCUGGAGAGUAUGAAAUCGAUUUUGCCCGCUUCGUUUAGAAUUGGACGUGAUGUUGAUGUUGUCCUCCGUGACCGACUUAAAAAGGAGCUUGAGUUUCGUCGUUUCCCGCUCAUAUUUACCUUCUCGAUCAUGGAUUGA